AUGUUUAAGGUGGAGAUUGACACCAAUGCGGACGGCAGCCAUGAGCAAAUCCUAAAGAUUAAAGAACUGGGAAACCAAGCAGUAGUGGUCGAGAAGCAUUGUAAGCCCCGCGACCCUGCACAGUGCCACUGUUGCCAAGCCUACGGACACACAAGUGCAUUAAAUGCGCAGGCGUGCACACCACCACCUGCACUAAACUCCGGCAAACAGUCGCAGGAAUUGAACUGCAGCAUCAAAUUGACCAUCGACAAAGACGAGUCAUGCAAUGACGACGAUCAGGCAAUGAGUCCCUGCGUUCGGACGCCUCAAUUGGGUUUCAGCACUUUGGAGCCUAAUAUAAAUCAGAAUGUCGAGCUGCGAGCUCACUGCCAGUGGGCGUCCUAUUCUUAUUAUGCGGAUUUUCGCGAUGACAUUUUGCGCAUGCUGCUGGAGAAGCGUGGCAGCGACAUACAUAAGAUUACAUUUCACGAUCGCAUAUGGCAAUACCGCAUGACCACCUUAUGCAAACUGAGCCACUUGCACCAAUUGACAUUGUUGGAAGAAAAUUGUUUCACAGCCGAUAAACUACACAAACUGAUUACGGAUUUAAGACACUUGCAGCGACUGGAUAUUAUCGGCCAUCGGGUGAUGUUGAAUGAGGCAAAGCUGUGGCAAGUAGUAGCCAGCUGUCCAUCGCUAAAGAUCCUGAAUAUAUCAGGCAUAAAGCUGCACAAUGAAUUCUUUGAAUUUAGCCGGUGUCUCGUGGAGGCGACACUGAAGAAUCGUUCUCAGCCCUUAGCAUUGUAUUGCCACAACACAGAUGAAAACGAAAAGCUGAUACAGCGUCACUUCAAGCAUCCAAAUCUGAGGAUUUCUUUUAAGCCUUUAGAACCGGAAAACGUCGACUGGGGUAUGGUGCGACUGCAUUUGAAACCGUUGGACCGAUCCUGGAUUCCAUAAUGUGAUACUUUUCAUUAAUGAAAUUUACAAAUAUUAUAAUUACAAUAAAUGAUU